AUGUUCCGAUCAGAUUGGGACGAUGCGCAAUUGACGACAUCAAUGACGAUGUCCUUGAAAGCUGUCGUUCUGGUUGGUGGUGAACAAAAAGGUACACGUUUCCGUCCACUUUCACUACAACUUCCGAAACCUUUAUUUCCGAUUGCUGGAGUACCACUCAUCGAACAUCAUAUUGAGCAACUUUCAAAGUUGGCUUCUAUAACGGAAAUUUAUCUGAUCGGAUUCUAUCCGGCAAAAUAUUUUUACGAUUUCAUUCAAAAAUGUACGGAAACAUAUAGCAUUAAAAUUAGAUAUUUGGAAGAACCUGAAGCAUUAGGUACAGCAUGUGGUUUAUAUCAUUUUCGAUCAAUUUUACUUGAGAAUAAUCCAAAUGCACUAUUUGUGCUUAACGCUGAUGUUUGUGGUGAUUUGCCAAUUGCCGAAAUGGCUUAUGAAUUAGCAAUGAAACAGAAUGCUCAUGGAUUAUUACUCACAACCGAGGCUACUCGCGAACAAUCUAUUAAUUAUGGUUCUGUUGUAAUCGAUUCGAAUGGCAAGGUUCUUCAUUAUGUUGAUAAACCAACAACUUUUGUAUCACCACAUAUUUCAUGCGGUGUUUACUUGUUACGCGCAAUUGUUGUUGAAAGAAUUGGUAAAGCGUACAAUUGUUCAGAUACAGAUACAAAGCAAGUUUGGUUUGAAACAGAAGUUUUUCCACAGAUGGCUUCAGAAUCUGUACUCUAUGCUUUGAAAACGAAACGUUGGUGGAGUCAGACAAAAACUGCUGCUGCAGUACUUUAUGCAAAUCGUCAUUAUUUGCGUUUAUAUCAUGUUUCCGAUCCAUCACGGCUGUGCCGUGAUAGAGCGCAGAUCAUUGGCGAUGUCUUCAUCGAUCCAACUGCUGAAAUUGAUCCAACUGCAAAAAUAGGUCCAAAUGUGAGUAUUGGUGCGAAAGCAAAAAUUGCAGCUGGUGUUCGUAUUCGUGAAACUAUUGUUCUAGCUGAAGCAAUAAUCAAUGAGCAUGCUUGUAUAUUACAUUCAGUAAUUGGUUGGCGUAGUGUUGUUGGUGCAUGGGCACGUGUAGAAGGUACACCAAUUUCACCAAAUCCAAAUAUUCCAUUUGCUAAACUAGACAAUAAACCGUUGUUCAAUACUGAUGGUCGUCUUAAUCCAUCAUUAACUAUUCUUGGAUCAGACGUUCAUGUUCCUGCUGAAACAGUUAUUCUUAAUUCCAUUGUUUUACCAUAUAAGGAGCUCACAGCCAGUUACAAAAAUCAAAUUAUAUUGUGA